UCGUCUUCAACCGAGAAGACAGAACCCGCUGGCUUUUUAACUAAAGACGGGAGCGUUCAAGAUUCUGCUGUCUCUGCCUCUUCAAGAUUUUGCUUGCUAUCUCAAACUGCAAUUUCUCAUUAGGGUUUAUAAGUAGAAGAAAGGACUCUCGAUUUCAGGUUAAAUGGAGGAUGCAGAAAAAAGAAGUGAAAGGUUGAAAGCAAUGCGCGCGGUAGCUUCUGCACAGGCUGAAACUUGUAAUGAUAAUGUUGAAACUUCUGCUGUGCCAGGUUUGCUUGCUAAUCCGCUUCUUGAGAACCCUGCAACUCAGCCGGCACUGGAGGAGUUGAGUGCUGCUCCAAGGUUUGAUUUUUAUACAGAUCCUUCAGCAGCAUUUUCUUCCGACCGAAAGAGGACUGCUACUGCUAACCAGGUUGCACGAGGUUUUAGACCUCCAAAUAAUAUUUCUUCUAUGCCACAGUUUUCUUCUCCCCAUCCAGGUCAAAGGAACCCUGAAGUGACCCCCUCUUCUGCUUAUCAAAUGCAAAACAAUUAUUCACCUGCGAAUCAAAUGCAAAGCAAUUAUUCGCCCAAUCAGAGAAUGUAUCCAGGGCAAGGACCAUAUCACAAUGCUGCUUUCUAUAGAACCCCAAGCAAUUUUGCUAGACCUUUUACCAUGAAUCAAGGAACUCCUGAAAUGUGGAAUGGACCAGGUGGCCCAGCAAGCUAUCAUAGCUCUACUCCUUACAGAGGAAUUUCCAGACCAUAUCCCAUUCAUCAAGGGAAUCCUGGCUUUGGAGCAGUAUGGAGCAGUCCAUCCCCUGUUUCAGGUUAUGGAGGGAGUCCAGCUAGUUCAGGAAGAGGCCAGGGAUACUGGGAUAGCAGUUCAGGUCUUGGUCAGAGUGGUGGAAGAGGGCGAGGCUUUCGUUCUCGUGGCUUUGCACUGAAUGAAACACAGGAGCCAGAAUGUUUUCAUGAUAACUCUAUGGUUGAAGACCCAUGGCAGCAUCUAAAACCUGUUUUGUGGAGAGGACUAGAUGAUCCGGGGAAAAAUUUGAAUGGACCUGUCUCUUCAAAUUCCUGGCUUCCAAAAUCAAUUAGCGUGAAGAAACCAAGAAUUUCAGAGUCUUCUAACAAGUCCACUUCUGGACAAACCCUUGCAGAAUAUCUUUCUGCCGCAUUCACUGAAGCGACCAAUGAUGCACCCAAUGUAUGACUGCUGCUCAUGGAAUGUCUCUUCGCCUAUGGUAGUAAACUGGGUUCCAAUCAUGGAUCAUUGCGCUUAUUCCAAAAGAAGAAGAGGAAUCAUUGCCUACCCAAGCAGGCAUCUAAGGCAUAAUAGCCAAAGGAUGGCCUUUUUCCGUUCUCUACUUGGCUAUCUUUAGAUGCUGAAGGCACCACUCCAGAAAGUUUCCUGCAACACUAAAACAGGGGUGAUAUUUCAAGUACAUUUUUGUAGAUGACUGUUUAUGGUCCACGUACCAAUAUUUGUUUUGAGCCAAGUAACUGUCAUUUUAAUUUUAUAAUAAUCAUGUAUAUGCAGUUUGAAAUCUUCAAUGAACAUAAAUGGAACAUUGAAAAAAGGUCCCAAUCCUAUUUUUGGAGCCA